AUGGAGAAUCUGCAGGUGAAGGAGUCUGUCUGCCUGACAGGCCCAACUGGCCCAGGACAAGGAAGAGAUGAAGGGCAAGCUGCUGGAGCUGCAGAAGCUGGUGUUACAACUUGUGAAGGAGUGCAAAUAGCGGCAUGGCAAAUUUCUGGUGGCUGCCCAGAAUCCUGCUACAGCGACCACUCCAGGAGCUGGGAGCUGCUGAUGUAUCUAUGUGAGGUGAACCUUGCCAACGAUGGGGAGCCUGCACAAGGAGAGAUGGGGGAGGGUUCGCCUCCAGAGAAUCUUACCAUACAGCAGAUCAUUCAGCUGCUGCAUGAGAUCCAGAAAUCCCAGGAGCACCCAGGCUUGGGCAACAACCCCUGCAUCCCCUUUUUUUACCGGACUGAUAAGAAAGACGAGGUGAAGAUUAUGGUCAUCUAG